CCUCAUUAACUGCUCUGCGCUCAGGCGGGGAACCAGAGCCGCUCUUCGGGUCAACAGUGAGCCAAAGCGAACCUCCGCCCUGGGCCCGGACAGCAGCCCCCAACACGGCCCUUGGGUUCCCUUUUGAUUUUAUUUUGAGGGGGUUCUGCCUUUUUGAUUUAAAUUAGUAUUUGUAUUUUGUUAUUUGUUUUACCCGACUCGGGAACUCGAAUGGACGUCUUUGGGCUGGAGGAGUGGGAGGAAGAAGCCUCCGCGUGUUUGAGUUGCCUGCCCGGAGCGGAGGGGCAUGUCGGAUCCGUGCGUGUCGGCAGAGUGGAAGUGGAGGUGGCGCCGCGAGGAUAAAGUGAACUUUAGCUCCGCGAUUUCUCCUCAUUCCCUCCCUCCCCCGAACAGCCUAAAGUCACACCAGCGGAUUCCCACACACAGUUUCCCCGAUGAGAAGCCCUCACCCGCGGAGAGGCUGCGCGAUGGUGACCGUGACGAUGAGUAAGAGCGCCGAGUGGCUGCAGGAGGAGUUGGAGUCCGGGGCCGCCGCGCUUCUGCUGCUCGACUGCCGGCCGCAUGAACUCUACGAGUCGUCGCAUGUCGAGGCGGCCAUCAACGUCGCCAUCCCGGGCCUCAUGCUGCGCAGGCUGAAGAAGGGCAACCUGCCCAUCCGCUCCAUCAUCCCCAACAACGAGGACAAGGAGAAGUUCGUCAAGCGCUGCAAAAGCGACGUGGUGCUGCUGUACGACGAGGCCGGCCCCGAGCGACUCGAGUCCGGGCUGGGGAGCUCCGUGCUCGGGCUGCUCCUGCAGAAGCUCCGGGACGACGGCUGCAAGGCUUUCUACCUGGAAGGAGGUUUCAAUAAGUUCCAGUCGGAGUUCCCCGAACACUGCGAGACCAAUUUGGACUGUUCGUGUCCCAGCAGCUCCCCACCGUCCUCCGUCCUCGGCCUGGGAGGCCUCCGCAUCAGCUCUGACUGCUCGGACGGCGAGUCGGACCGUGAGCCGGGCAGCGCCACAGAGUCUGAGGGCAGCCCGCUGCCCAGCAACCAGCCGGCAUUCCCUGUCCAGAUCUUGCCAUAUUUGUAUCUGGGCUGCGCCAAAGAUUCGGCCAACCUGGACGUGCUCAGCAAGUACAACAUUAAGUACAUCCUCAACGUGACGCCCAACCUGCCCAACAUGUUCGAACACGAAGGGGACUUCAAGUACAAACAGAUUCCCAUUUCGGAUCACUGGAGCCAGAAUCUCUCGCAGUUUUUCCCAGAGGCCAUUUCGUUCAUUGACGAGGCCCGCGCCAAAAAGUGCGGCAUCCUGGUGCACUGCCUGGCCGGCAUCAGCCGCUCGGUGACGGUGACGGUGGCCUACCUGAUGCAGAAGCUCAACCUGUCGCUCAACGACGCAUACGACUUCGUCAAGCGUAAGAAGUCCAAUAUUUCGCCCAACUUCAACUUCAUGGGCCAGCUGCUGGACUUCGAGCGGACGCUGGGCCUGAACAGCCCGUGCGACAACCACGCUGCGUCGCCCACCAACGAGCAGCUCUUCUUCACCACGCCCACCAACCACAACGUGUUCCAGCUGGACACGUUGGAGUCCACGUGAGAUCAGUGCAGGAGGGCCACCACAUAUUUUUGGGGGGGUGGUUGAGGUGAUCCUGUUACUGCGGUAACCACGUGGCUGCGCUGGAGGCGCUCGCAGCCGCUUUAAUGUAUGUUUUAGCUCCAGGAAGCUCGGAGCCCGGGAACGUUGAGGUCGCAGACGAUGCGUCGGAAGCGGGAAGUUUUUAAGAAAGCCAAGGACAGCUUUCAUCAAGCCAAGGAGACUUCUUCAUAUAAAGAUUUUGGGGGGGAACACAAAUGUGCCGCACUUAUGAGGCGACAACCUCCUCGCAAGCGGAGAAUGUUGGGUCUUCGGAAAAUCUUCGGAGUUUUUAAAAACCAAGGAAUUAACACAAGUAUUUGUACUGUAUGUGCUGUUUGUAUGUUAUAACAGGAAGAAAUGUCUAUAUGCAUUUUUUUGUAUAUUUUUUUUGUGUGCUUGUAUGCACAAAUUUACAUCAUGUAUCGAUAUAAAUAUAUAUACAGGCAUAAUAAUAAUUAUGGUAUCUUUGUCCAAAAACAGUGAGAUUGUAAAACUAAAGAGAGGGAAAAGCGGGGAAGUCAUCUUUGAUGAUCGAAUGCAGUUUGCACAGUUGUGUAGCCAAUGGCUUGCUGGCACUGACAUGCAGCCUCUUCAAGAGAAACAAGUGUCGGGAGGAGAGGCCGGUCCUGAGGUGGUCCGCUAAAAGGACCAAAGCUUAGGCUUAUGUUUGAUUUUUGACCAACUCCAGUUCACACUUAGCUGCGUCCUUCCCCACGCCGUCCUUACCAGAAGUACCGGUUGUUUGUUUCGCAACUUCCUGCUUUGUGUCAUUGUGCCGUAGCGAGGCUUUGCCAAACCGGUUUUUCUGACCGCGCCGACUUUUUAUACUUUGGAGUCAGAGAGGGUGGAAGCACUUAGCUUUAUCUUAGCAACCUUUGGCAAAGAAGUGCCUCCGUUCUUGUGUAUGUAUGUAUGUACAAACCCCUUUUUACACCGCAUGUUAAAGCCAGGUCUGGUUCCACACAGAAUAUGGUUGCAAAGCCUUGGAGGUUGUAUCAGAGCUGCAACAGGAGUCCCUUUGGAAUUAGUAUAGAAGUCAUAAGAGUUGGGUCAGUGAAUGCCAUAAUGCUGGGACGGAUGAGUGAAGUUUUAACAUCCGACCUCACUCCCCACCACCAUGUUGUGUUAAAAGCCAUUUGUCCGUCAAGUAUUUUUCUACGUAACGCCAGACUGAUGUCAUCUUUUGCUGUAUGCUGUGUAAAAGCGAGCACCGUUACAUCUGUGGAUUCUGUGUGAAAAGCUUGUUACGGCUCUGAUGCGGCCAUUUUGCUGGGUCUCAGUAAAAGAGGCUCUUAACAGUGUAUAGUUGGAAACUGCACUUACUAUAAACAUGAACUUGGGCAUGGAACAGGCCCACUGGUUUUAUCAAAAAAACUUUGUCUGAAUCACCCGUAAGCCUUGAGUAUAUAUUGUACGAGAGAAGUAUUCAACCUAAUUGGAUAUAAAUAAAUAUAUAUAUUACAGCGUGAAUAGUAAACAGAUCUAUAUUGUUUUGUAUACCUGAGCAUGCUGCGGUACUGUAUGACUCAGCCACUAGUUGGAUGUUGCUUUUUUUAAAAACAAAAAAAACAAAAGGAACGGGGUCUUGUUGUUAGUUUAUUAAAUGGAGGAUUUUUCUAAGACUAAGGUGAAAUCCCGCUGCCCCGUCGAGAUGGACGCCCCUUGUUUUUAGUAAAGGGAGUGAAAGACCGAAGAGCUUUUGUCUGAACGUAUGCUGAACCUCACGCAAGAACUUCUGUAUUUUUUCAUAUGUAUUCAUUCAUUUAUAUUGGCCACCCAUGUUACACGAUUGGCUUUAUCUUAGCAUAUCGCCGUUAUCUAGAUCACAAGCUUCCAAACUGGGAAAAAAAUUAUAAUGCUGUGAUUUGAACAUAAAUGCUGAGAAAGAACAUCUUUCAACGUAUUACAGUAGUUAAACUUUAGACCGUAGAACUGAGUCAGCAUCAGGAAAUUAACUUCUAGUUUUUCUGCGUGAUAUUAACCCCCAAAAGCUACUGUGUUGAUUGAACGUUCCCAGGAAAGAUGUUUGUUGUGCAGUGUUAGCCAGUUCAGCUGUGUCAUGCUAACUAAAGCUAAUGAGUAUAUUUGAAUAUAAAUGCUGAAAAAGAACAUCUUACCAUUUAUUCCAGUCGUUAAAUUUUGACUUUACCACAGACAUUGGGUCUGUAUUUUCUCUUGUGGCAUUAGCUAGUUAGCCACGUGAUGCAAACUAAAACAAACUAAUAUUAUGAUUUUGAACAAAUGUGUUGCUUUUGCCCCCAAAAAUCUGAUCUGAAUCCACUCCAAUGGUGAACUAAGACGACAACGGCAAUUUUUGUUGGUAGUUUCUUGUGUGGGGUGCAGUGUUUGCAAUCGGAAACCGAAUAAUUUGUAUUUAGCGGUCAGUUGUGAGCAGGGUUGGUCUCAGUUGGCCUUAUGAGUAUUUUCUAACACUGACUGUUGAAAGCUCUUUGUAUCUCAAUUUUUACAAAACCGCCGUGUUAAAAAAAAAAAAAAAAAAAAAGUCAUGUGAAUCUGAUUGCGGUAAGUUUUUAUUAUUUUUUAUUUUUUUUUUAAACACCACCACAGGUCACACAUGUCUUUAUUACUCUGCAAUACAUCAGGACUCUUAUUUUAUUUUAUUUUUUAUUUUAUUUUUUUUGGGAGAAACAAGUCCUCAAAUAUGUUUUUCUUUGUACUAUAUUGAUGGAAUUAUGAGCGCCAUCUUAUUGACGCACUUGCCCAAACUUUUUUUUCCUCUCUCUCUCACUCUCUCUCUAUGUAGUCUUGUCAUAACCAAAAUUCCGUGUGUCACUUCACACUAUGGAUUGGGCAGAAUCAAAUGUAAUUUCAAUUGGCCUAUGUAUUGAAUGCUAAUAAUUUGCCGGUCAACUAACCUUGGCUAUGGCAACAUUAUCUCCACCGCUGUGGAAACACGAGUUGAGAACCAUGAAAACAUAUUGAUACACCUUUUACAAUUAAUUCAUUGUUAACCUUCCCCCAAUCAACAAAAUUUAAUCAAAUGCCCAUCAAGCGCCAUUUCCAUCUUGUUUAGUUUUAAUGUGCUCUAUGCUGUUCCUGUGGCCUUUUAAUGUUGAUAUAUACAGUGUGUGUAUAUAUAUAUAUAUAUAUAUAUAUAUAUAUAUAGAUAGAUAUAUAUAUUGAAUAUGUUAUAAAAUCAUAUGCAAAUGUAACCCCCCCAGCCCACCCCUCCCCAAAAAACACUUAACAGUGUUGGACUCUGUUUCAGUACGCAGCUUUCAUUUUGUAAAACUGUUGAUUCCAAGCUGCUUUUCCUGUGUGUUUUAUUAUUAUUAUGGGGGGAAAAAACAUGUACACGUUGCCACAUCACGGGAACGGAUGUUUCUGUGUCCUUAACAACUUGUAGCCACAUCUGGGUGUCAAUGUGCUCAUGGGGGAGGGACUAUUCAAUUAUAUAAAAGGAAAAGUAAAUGACGAAAAAAAAAAAAAAAAAAAGGUUACCUCAAUGAGGGAAUUUUCAGGGAUUUUUGUUGUUUUUGUUGGGACAAUGCGCCUUUGCAUCAUGUUGCAUUGAAUGGCCGAUUUGUAUUGUGCUGUUUUUAACACAACAUGCAGGCUGUGUGGGCGAGGGAAGGAGGGAGGGCACGUUGAAGGAAACACCAUUUGCCCAAUGUAUUGUACUGUACACUAUACUCAAACCACACCACACUUGUUUAUACUGUAAUAAAUGUUGACAUAUUUUUUUCGUUA